CGCGAGACUACAACUCUUACUGCGAUUUUACGUGAUCAGACGCCUUUCAUACAGCCAGUGCGCCAUGGUCGUCACCAAAUACAACACUGAUGGGAUUAUAUUCAGCAUUAGGAAGUGAAUUAGGGCGUGAAGUGUCUCGCAACGGUGAAUAUUUUUCAACGGGACGCCAAAACUACAAGUACCAGCGUUGGCUGAUGACGUCAUAUCUGCGCGCCUGUGUUGCGGUUCCCGUGAAAUCUUUCCCCGUUCAGCUAAAGCUACAUGGCUAUUACCAAAACAUAAGUUUUUACCAUGGUGAUGAAGUCAUCGGUGGAGGAGGACGAUGCCGGCUGGGGCCUGGGCAUCCCUGAAAAGAUGAAAAACAAUGCCAACUGGGUGGAUAUCACCCAUGAUUUCAAGAGUUCUUGUAAAGAAUUAAACCUAGGAGAGUUGCUUCACGACAAGCUGUUCGGCUUGUUUGAGGCCAUGUCGGCCAUCGAGAUGAUGGAUCCCAAAAUGGACGCCGGGAUGAUUGGGAACCAAGUCAACAGGAAAGUGCUCAACUUUGAGCAAGCCAUCAAGGAAGACGCCAUCAAGGUAAAAGAUCUGAGCCUUCCUGAACUCAUCGGAAUCAUGGAUACGUGCUUCUGCUGUUUGAUCACAUGGCUAGAGGGCCACUCCCUUGCUCAGACGGUGUUCACCUGCCUUUACAUCCACAACCCCGACCUGAUCGAGGAGCCCGCCCUCAAGGCCUUCGCCCUGGGCAUCCUGAAAAUUUGUGACAUCGCUCGGGAGAAAGUUAACAAGGCGGCAGUAUUUGAGGAGGAGGACUUCCAGGCGAUGACUUAUGGUUUCAGGAUGGCCACCAAUGUCACAGACCUGCGCGUGACAGGCAUGCUGAAAGAUGUGGAGGAUGAGUUACAGAGGAAAGUCAAGAGCACACGGAGUCGUCAGGGCGAGCAGCGAGAUCCAGGAGUAGCUUUGGAGCAUCAGCAAUACUUGGCGUUGUUCAACCGCAUCAAGUUCACGCGCCUUCUCUUGUCGGCACUGAUCGCCUUCACCAAGAAAGAAACCAGCUCAGUGGGGGAGGCCCAGAAGCUUGUUGCCCAGGCAGCUGACCUCCUGUCAGCCAUUCAUUUGAGUGUGCAGCAUGGCAUCCAGUCGCAAAACGACACCACCAAAGGAGAUCACCCUAUCAUGAUGGGCUUCGAGCCACUGGUCAACCAGCGCUUGCUGCCGCCUACCUUCCCUCGGUAUGCCAAGAUCAUCAAGAGGGAGGACAUGGUGGCCUACUUCAGCAAGCUCAUCGAGCGCAUCAAGACCGUCUGUGACGUUAUUAACACCACCAACUUGCAUGGCAUUCUGGACUUCUUUUGCGAGUUCAGCGAGCAGUCGCCUUGCGUGCUCUCCAGAUCGCUACUUCAGACGACGUUCUUGAUUGACAACAAGAAAGUGUUUGGCACGCAUCUGAUGCAGGACAUGAUCAAAGACGCCCUCAGAUAUUUUGUCAGUCCGCCUGUUCUCUCAUACAAGUGCUGUUUAUUCAACAACCACCAAGCCAAAGACUACAUCGACUCUUUUGUUACACACUGUUCAAGGCCAUUCUGUAGCCUGAUCCAGAUCCAUGGACACAACCGAGCUCGGCAGCGAGACAAGCUGGGUCACAUUCUGGAAGAGUUUGCAACCUUGCAGGAUGAGGCGGAGAAAGUCGAUGCGGCCCUGCACAGCCUCCUGAGCAAAUACGAGCCUCAGCGACAGCACCUGGCCUGCCUGGGAACGUGGAUCCUCUACCACAACCUGAGGAUCAUGAUCCAAUACCUUCUCAGUGGCUUUGAAUUAGAGUUGUACAGCAUGCACGAGUACUACUACGUCUACUGGUAUCUGUCAGAGUUCCUCUACGCGUGGCUGAUGUCCACGCUGAGCAGAGCGGACGCAUCGCAAAUGGCUGAAGAGAGGAUCCUUGAGGAGCAGGUGAAAGGACGCAGCAGCAAAAAGAGCAAGAAGAAAAAGAAAGUUCGUCCUCUGAGCAAGGAGAUCAACAUGAGUCAAGCCUACCAGAACAUGUGUGCCGGCAUGUACAAGACAAUGGUGGCGCUGGACAUGGACGGCAAGGUGCGCAAGCCUCAAUUCGAACUGGACAGCGAGCAGGUUCGCUACGAGCACCGCUUCGCGCCCUUCAACAGUGUCGUCACCCCUCCGCCUGUACACUACAUACAGUUCAAGGAAAUGUCUGACCUAAAGAAGUACAAUCCUGCUCCGGGCUCAGCCGACCUCUACCUGGCAGCGAGUAAACACUUCCAGCAGGCCAAGUUCAUCCUGGAAAACAUGCCUAGCCCCGAUCCUGAGGUGAAUGGAAUCCUGAGAGUGGCCAAACCCAACUUUGUGGUGACCAAACUCUUGGCUGGAGGACACAAGAAGGAGACCAUGGUGUUGCCAGAGUUUGACUUCACAGCUCAUAAGUACUUUCCCGUGGUCAAGAUCAUGUGACACGAAAGAGCCAAUCGCCUGCUGUGCUUCUUGUCCUCCUUGUCUCAACUGUGUUUAUGAAUGUGUGAGAUGCAACUGUACAGUGGGGCAAAUAAGUACUUAGUCAACCACUUGAAAAUAUUAGAGGCCUGUAAUUGUCAACAUGGGUAAACCUCAACCACGAGACGGAAUGUGGGGAAAAAAAACAGAAAAUCACAUUGUUUGAUUUUUAAAGUAUUUAUUUGCAAAUCAUGGUGGAAAAUAAGUAUUUCGUCUAU